GAUAGUAAUUCAGCAAAGAUCCCGUUCCGGGUUAAGGUGUAGAGUUCGGUUGGGCGGUGCAAAUUUGCUUGAGUAGAGCAUGAGAAAGUCUUCAUCUGUGGAAAAAAAGGCCGUGAGCAGGUGUCUUCGCAUCUAAAUGUGUCAUUUUUUUAAGUGCCUUGAGGAAUAAGUUUGUCAAGUGGUAUUUUGCCAAUAUCGUUUAACGCUUCGUCAUUUUAAGAAAGUUAAUACUUUACUGUCACUAGUUGGAAGCAAAGAUGGCCGAGACUGAAGGUAGGAGCCUGGACGAUUUCUUUGCCAAGAGAGACAAGAAAAAGAAAAAAGAAAAAGUGAAGGGGAAAGAUGGUGUUCUUGCACCAGCUGACGGAGCUAGUUCGGCACUUGCCAGUAGUAAUGUUGUGCUUAAGAAAGGCAGAAAGGAGCGGGAAAAAUCAUCUAAAAACGAGUUCCAGGACAUCCAGCAGGAAAAGGAGGAUGAAGAAUGGAAAGAAUUUGAGCAAAAGGAGACAGAUUAUACUGGCCUCAGGAUUCAGUCUUUGCAGUUAGUUAAUGAAAAGGAAGAGGAAGAAAAUGAGAAGAAGGAAGAACAAAGUGAAAGCUGGGAUGAAACCUUGUCUUAUGGAAGUGAUAGGUCAGCUGGUCCUUGGAACAAGCCUACUUCUGCUGGACCACCAGCACCUCCUGCACCAGUUGAAGUUCCAGAGUCCAAGCCAUCAGGUGUAUAUAGGCCACCAGGAGCAAGGUUAACACCAGCACGAAAAGGUCCCCCUCAGGGGCCUCCAGAAAUCUUCAGUGAUGCGCAGUUUCCAUCCCUGCAAGCCACUGCUAAGCAUGUAGAAACAAGGAAGGAUAAGGAGAUGGAUAAAAGCUUUGAGAUGGUUAAACAUAGAAAUCGUGGUAGAGAAGAAGGCUCAAAAAAUCCAAAUCUUCAACUACAGCUGGACAACCAGUAUGCUGUUCUAGGAGACCAGAAAAAAAAAAAAGCAAGGCACAUGCACUUUAAUUUGGAUAAUGCUGGUUCCCUUCCUUUGUGACACUUGGUAACUAAACUACAGCUAUACAAGGCUUUGUCAUCACAGAAGUGUGCCCUUUACAGGUUUUUGCAUAAACCCACACCAUGGAAGCACAAGACGUUACAAGUACUACCUGUAUGUGAACUCUCUAACAGAAUCAGUUCUGUAACAUCAGAAGUCUUCAAUAGUGAACACUUUCUUGAUGAGUGAUCCUUUUAUAGUAUUCCGCAACUGUAAAACUACAGCCAGCUUAGUCCUUUCAAAGUCCUUGUGGUGUUUUUGGAUAUUGAGCCUUUGUAAGGGUGACUACCUCAGUUUUGCAGCAUUCGCAUGGAUCACAAGUCUUGAGUUUGAAGGUUGCAACCAUGUUAAGAGUGUGCAAUUGUAAAUGUAAAAACAGCAAAACUAUAUGGUACUGCUUGUAUUCUGAGAACAUAGAACAGUCAGCUUUAUAGAGUGCUCUUAGUGACAAAGAUUUAAGUGACCUUACUGUAAGAUACAAUCCUGAAUACCGUACUUGAGGAGGACUUCUCUCCAUGCAUGGAUGGUAACUGCUAGGAGUACACAGGUUUUGGAAGAACUUUUGUGACCAUUUGAAAGCAGUACUCUUCAGCUGUAGUUUGAUUACCUAUACGUAGAGGUGUUAACAUUAGGGUAUUGAAUCCACUUCUGUUAAAUAUCUAGAUGAUAAAAAUUGCUAAUAGGGGUAUUGAAAGGUCAGAAGUUUUUAUGCUGCCAGCCUUCCUUCAUUCCCAAAACCUGAGACUUCUCCACUCCCUUUUUUGUAGUAAAUGGUGUUUAGGUCACAGUAUUAUUGAUGUAUAAAUGUAUGAUGAGGGCGUGAUGAACUUGCUUGAAAAGAGAAAUUUUGCAGUCUUUGCUUAAACUUUUAAGAGAGAAGCCGUUCAUUUCACAUGUUUCAGUUUUGAAAGUGUGCACGGUGCACUGUGAACUUUAAAUAAGAAGCCAUCCAGCUGGAAAAUGAGUACUGUUAUGAAUGCUAUGCUUGCUGUAAAGGAAAUGUAAUCUGGCAAGGAACAUGUACUACCAAUAGACUGAGCUUUUUUAACUUUGUUUCAACAGGUGUCUUGCAGCACAUAUUGGGUAGUAAAUUGCAUUUUUAAAAAUAA